CGAGAUCCCAGCUGUCAAAGGUCCCCCCGGCGCACUGCAAUGGGCCGCUCGUGCCUGAUCAAGCAACUAUGUCCUCUUCAACUUCGAUACCGCGCCGUCGACCACGAAGCGACGAUGACGAUGACGGCGACAGCGACGACACAUCCUCGGUGUCAACGAGAAACCCCACGCCCGCUUCUCAUGCCUCGAGUAACAAACGCAUCCGAUUAAAAGCCGCCCAGGACAAUAAUGACGAGGACGACGAUACAGGAGAUAGCACCAGCCAGGAGGACUCGGAUGGUGAUGCCCCUGCGGAGAAUUCUUUGAACCCUGCGUCGCGGGACAAAGGGAGGAAUACGGCCGACACAGGCGCGCAGGAGAAUGACGACGAGGACGACGAGGAUGCCGAUGAAGAUGGCAGUCAAGAGAACUCUGGCGAUGAAUCCUCGGCAGAACGUUCUUCGAGCGGACUUCAGAAGACUCAGGAUGCGGGGAGCGCUGGGACGCAAAACCAAGCAGGCGAUGGCGAUGGAAAUGGAGCGAAGGAUGCCUACAAGCCGGGUGCUAUUGUGCGGAUCAAGGUUACCGACUUCGUUACCUACACGUCUGCCGAGUUCUUCCCCGGUCCGAAGUUGAACAUGGUGAUUGGGCCGAACGGGACGGGGAAGAGUACGCUCGUCUGUGCGAUAUGUCUGGGACUGGGCUGGGGACCACAGCAUCUAGGCCGAGCGAAAGAUCCCGGCGAAUUCGUCAAGCACGGCUGCAGAGAGGCCACGAUUGAGAUAGAGCUCGCAGGAGGACCGAAACAUCGGCGGAACCCGGUUGUAUCUCGGACGAUUAAACGCGAAGGCAAUAAGAGUACUUUCAUGUUGAACGGAAAGCAGGCAUCUCGCUCCCAGGUGCUGAAGCUCGCUCAGUCGUUUGCCAUUCAAAUCGACAACUUGUGUCAGUUCCUUCCACAAGACAAAGUUAGCGAGUUUGCCGCCUUGACGCCAAUUGAGCUGCUCUACUCGACGCAAAGGGCCGCUGCCGGACCAGAAAUGAUCGAAUGGCACGAUAAUCUGAAAACCCUGAGAACGGAGCAAAAGAAGCUGCAGUCGAACAAUCAAGGCGACCGAGACUUACUGGCGAACCUCGAGAAUCGACAGGAAAUGCAAAGAGCAGAUGUCGAGAGAAUGCGAGAGCGGGCUCAAAUCAAGAGAAAAAUCGAGAUGCUGGAGUAUAUUCGCCCGGUGACGAAAUACAAACAGACUCACGCCGAUUUCAAGGAGCUGAAGCGGAAGAAGGAUAAUGUGAGCCGUGAGCUUGAUAUUCUGAAGUCGGAACUCGAACCCGCAUUGCGAGCAGUAAACGCGAAGCAGUCUUAUUGUGUGCAACUAGACGGAUAUAUUGACUACAAGAAACGCGGCGUCGAAACAGCCGAAAAGAAUGCUUCCGACAUUGGCAAAACAAUUGAGCAGCACGAUGACUCCAUGAAAGAUCUUAACAACCAGAUCAGUGGCGAAAAGAAGCAGGGGACACAGUAUAAACAAGAAGCGACCAAAAUUCAGCAGACAAUCAAUAAACUAACUCGCCAGCUGAAUGAUGAAUCUGUCAAUUUCGAUAUCGACUGGUACAACGAGCAGAUUGCUGCCAAACGACGACAAGCAAGAGACCUCGAAGAAAAAGCCCAAGAAAUCAAAGAACGCCGCAGGCCUCUAUUUGAUACGUUCAAUGUAAAGAAGGAAGAUCUGAAAUCAACAGAGCAGCAGCUGCAAGGCUUGGAUUCUCAAGCUGGACGGCAGGAAGCAAAGCUCAAGCAAGUCUCGCCUGAUUCGUUCAAAGCUUACAAAUGGCUACAAGAAAACCAGGACAAGUUUGAACACAAAGUCUUUGGUCCUCCGAUUGUCGAGUGCUCCAUAAAGGAUCCCAAGUAUGCCGAUGCAGUUGAGUCGCUUCUCCAAAAAACAGACUUUACUGCCUUCACCACGCAGAGUCGGAAUGAUUUCAGGACGCUGCAACGGUCUCUGAACAUGGAAAUGAGGCUUCAUGACAUCAGUAUCAAGACCAGCUCAGUUCCUCUGGAGAACUUUCAGCCUCCAGUUUCGGGCGAGGAAAUCCAAAAAAUGGGGUUUGAUGGCUGGGCAAAGGACUUCCUCAAUGGCCCCGACCCUAUACUAUCAGUCCUAUGCAGUGAAAAUCGGCUACAUCAAACACCAGUCACCCUUCGCGAUAUCUCGGAUGAAGAAUUCAGCCGAAUGGAAAACGGAUCGAUCAGCUCUUGGGUGGCCGGGAAACAGAGCUAUCAAGUCUCCAGGCGACGGGAAUAUGGUCCCAGCGCCACCUCCACCCGUGUGCGACAAGUCAGACCGGCAAGAGUUUGGACCUCUCAGCCCGUAGACACUAUGGCGAAGCAAGACUUGAUCCAGGCCGUGUCAGCUCUCAAAGAAGAACUACGGGAUUUGCAGCAACGAAUGGAAACCGAGAAGGCCAAUCUGACGGAGAUGGGCCAGAGUCAUGGAAAGUGCGAAGAGGAAAGGAGAGAACUGGAACGGGAGAAAGCUGAAAAGCAGACCGCCCUUACACAGCAAAGGGCUAUCCCAGAAAAGAUCCGUCAGCAAGAAACAAAACGCAGAAACAAUGAGAAGUACUGCGCAAAUGUCAAGACCAGAGUUCUGGAGCUUCGCCAUCAACAGGACGAACUUUCUGUGCAGAAGGCCGAAGCAACUCUCAAAUAUUCUGAAGCGGUCAUUGAACUUCGUGAAGCGCAUGAAGAACUCAUCAAGCUGGGUGUCCGUCGUGCCGAAGCUGUCUCCGACCUGGAAAUUCUCAAGGCUCGUAAUAAGGAUCACAGCGAUAAGCUGGCAGUCAAGACCAACGAGCUAAAGGAGGCUGUGAACGAAGUCAAGACGAAGUCUGAAGAAGUGAGGAAGCUGCACAAAGAGGCAGGGAAGGUGGUUGAAACCUCCGCUACCCAACCCGAUCUCGCCGCAUUGAUGACGACUUUGAUUGAACACAGCGUCGACCAGCUUGAGGCGGAUAUUGAUUCGGAGAAGGCACGCUUGGAACUCACUCAGGGUGGUAGCAGCAACAUCAUCAAAGAGUUCGAGGAACGCGAACGCCAGAUCCAGAAAAUACGCAGCAAACUGGAAGAAUUCCAGACUCAGCUUGCUGACUACGAGCACGCCAUCAAUGAGAUCCGAGGCAAAUGGGAGCCUCAGCUCGACGCGUUGGUCAAGAGCAUCAGUGACGCCUUCUCCGACUCCUUUGCCCGCAUUGGGUGCGCCGGACAAGUCUCACUUGACAAGGCAGAGGACGAGGCAGGCCCAGACAACACAUCCGGCGGCAGCAACUUUGACCAGUGGUCAAUCCAGAUCCACGUCAAAUUCCGAGAAAACGAAAACCUUUCUCUGCUCGACUCCCACCGACAAUCUGGCGGAGAAAGAGCCGUCAGCACCAUCUUCUAUCUCAUGGCUCUACAAUCCCUUUCCGCGUCUCCAUUCCGCGUCGUCGACGAGAUCAACCAAGGUAUGGACCCGAGGAACGAACGCAUGGUCCACGGUCGCCUCGUCGACAUCGCCUGCGCCAACGGUGGGUACAACGAGGACGGCACCGAGAGCAGCGGAGGCAGCCAAUACUUCCUCAUCACCCCCAAGCUGCUCAGCGGGCUAGUCUACAAGCCCGGCAUGCGGGUUCUCUGUAUCUACAGCGGCGAACACAUGCCGGCAGAGCACGGCGUUUUGGACGUCGGUGAAGCCGUGCAGCGAAUGCGGGCUAUCAGAGAAUCGGAUCAAGGAAAGGGCAAGGGGAGAGCUUUCGACGGUGCUAUCUCUCAGGGAGAUAGUCGAGUUGAUGUGUAUGCCUGAUGACGUUGAAUUUUAUGAUACCUCUAUUAUAUUUCUUUUUAUCUGCUUUCUGCUCUGAUUUCCGCUUUCUUUGUGGUUUUGAUUCUUAGUCGGAUCGGAUCUGGUGUUUUGGCCUUUUACUUCUUUUUCUGGUACAUAGAUACACACAUAGACAAUUCUGGGAUGCAGAUACCCUACUGAUCAUC